GACAUGAAAAACUAAAUUGAUAAAAGAAAACAGGGAAGCAUUUGCUUGGCUGGAUCAUUCUCUCCCCUUCCCUCCCAUCCCACCAAUUCCAAUUACCAACAAUCCCUAAAUUCAGUUUUCUUUCUAUUCAUUUCUUCACAUUUUUCAUCUUUGUAUAUACGCACACAUACAUACUUAUUUAUAUAUCUAAGGUUUCUGCAAAAUUUAAACUAUCCCGAACCGAUUCAUAUUUGUUUUCAAACACAGAUCUCUAAUAACACGCAACCAUAAAAAUGUCGUACGCAUACCUUUUCAAGUACAUCAUCAUCGGCGACACUGGAGUUGGGAAAUCCUGCCUUUUGCUUCAAUUCACCGAUAAGAGGUUCCAACCGGUUCAUGACCUCACUAUAGGUGUCGAAUUUGGGGCCCGGAUGAUCACUAUCGACAACAAACCCAUCAAGCUCCAAAUCUGGGACACGGCUGGUCAAGAAUCCUUCAGAUCUAUUACCAGGUCCUACUAUAGGGGGGCUGCUGGUGCUUUGCUUGUCUAUGAUAUUACCAGGAGGGAAACUUUCAAUCAUUUGGCCAGCUGGUUGGAGGAUGCCAGGCAGCAUGCAAAUGCAAACAUGACAAUUAUGCUCAUUGGUAAUAAGUGUGAUCUUGCUCACAGAAGGGCAGUGAGCACAGAGGAAGGCGAACAGUUUGCCAAGGAGCAUGGUUUAAUCUUCAUGGAGGCCUCUGCAAAAACUGCUCAGAAUGUUGAGGAGGCAUUUAUAAAAACAGCUGCAACAAUAUAUAAGAAGAUUCAGGAUGGCGUUUUUGAUGUAUCGAAUGAGUCUUAUGGAAUAAAAGUAGGAUAUGGUGGAAUUCCAGGGCCAUCAGGAGGCAGAGAUGGGUCAUCUUCUCAAGCUGGAGGCUGCUGCAGUUGAAUACGAUAUCAUUUGCUAUACGAGAAUAUUUGGACGGGGAGGGGGGCGGGUGUGAAAACUGUGACUUUUGUUUUAGACAUAAUGUGGAUUCAGGGAAUGUGAUACAUGUAUAAUGCAGGUCCUUGAUGUCGAAUACUAUUGAUUGUAAAUUUAUCAGUUGCUUUAGUUUUUGUAUUUAUUUUUGUUUGUGUUUCUAUUGCUGGAUAUUUGCAUUAGUGUGGAAGUGGUGAAAGAAACUUCCAAAUUGUGGAAAUGCAGAAAGUCUGUUAAUCUUUGAAGUUGAAUAAAAUUGAUGUGGUAAAUAUUAUAUA